AUGAGGGCAGCUGGAUUAAUCAAUGAGACCGAAUAUAGAAAGUUGAUCAGACAUAACAGUGUUAUACCUAAAUUAUACUGCCUAAGAAAAAUUCACAAAGGAACAUUGAGUUUAAGACCAAUAGUAAGCAACAUUAAUGCACCCACCUACAACCUGGGAAAACUUAUGCAUGACAUCCUAUCCAAGGUUUUAUCAACAUCACCAUACAAUGUUAAAAAUUCCAUUCAAGUCAAAGAGAUCAUCAGGAAUAUUGUGGUACCAAAAGGUUAUAUACUUAUAUCACUUGAUGUAGUUUCCCUAUUCACAAACAUUUCCAAAGAACUAGUAAUCAUAGUUACACAUAAGAGAUGGCACUACAUCAAGAAUUUCACUAAUCUAGACAAAUCUACUUUCAUAUCACUGAUAGAGUUAUGUUUUGAAGGUGGAUACUUCAGCUUCAACAAUAAAUUUUACCAACAACUAAUGGGCACUGCAAUGGGAGCCCCUGCAAGUACCAGCUUUGCAAAUUUAGUGAUGAAUGACUUGUUCGACUUCGUAUACGAGAAAUUAGGUUUCCACAUACUUAUGAUGUUGCUAUAUGUAGAUGACACUUUGAUGUUGAUCCCUGCAGUAAUGAGACAAACUAUUAUUGAUCUGUUCAACUCAUACCAUCCCAAUAUAAAGUUCACUGUAGAGGAUGAAAAUGAAAACAAAAUUACAUUCUUGGAUCUUUCAAUAACAAGAGAGGACGACAAUUUAACAACCAGUUGGUACACAAAAGCUAUAAGUUCCAAUAGAAUAAUCAACUACUACAGCAAUCAUAGUAACACCCAAAAAGUAAACACGGCAAUUAGUUUGAUGUAUAGAGCAUUAUCUUUAAGUGACAGCAAAUUCAGAGAUGAGAGUACACAGAGAGUUUGUGACAUUUUGAGAGAAAACAACUACCCCAAAUAUGUCAUUCGACGAGUUGUGAAUAAGACCAAGGAAAAAUUGGACAACACCCAACAAAGGAACAAAGAACCAACACAAUAUUACAGAUUCCCUUUCAUACCCGGCCUCUCACAGAAGAUUUCAAGAAUUUUCAAGAGGAUUGGUUGCACUGGUGCAUUUUACAACAAGAUCACAACGGGAAAAUACUUCACGAAAUUAAAAGAUUGUGUACCGACAAUGUCACAAUCGUCAGUGGUAUAUAAGAUUCCAUGCUCUAAUUGCGAGAAGACCUACAUCGGACAGACGAAACAACCAUUGAAGGACAGAAUUAGACAACACAGAGCAGACUCCAACAACAUCACACAUAGGGAUAAAACUGCUCUCACUUCACAUACACACAGGGAAGGACACAAGUUUCAUUUCGAGGGAACAACAGUACUCGACCAUGAAAACAACAGUUACCGUAGAAACAUAAGCGAAAUGAUUCACAUAACACUAAACAAAACGGUGAAUUAUAGGGAAGACGUCAGUGGACUCAGUACAAUUUAA